AUGGCCACCCAGAUCUGCACCCCAACCUUCUCUUCUGGGUCUGUCAAGGGCCUUUGCGGCCCAGCAGGCAGCAUCUGUCGGGUGUCCUCCAUCCGUUCUGUGGGCUCCUGCAGGGUCCCCAGUCUUGCUGGGGUUGCAGGGUCUGUCUCUUCUGUUAGGCUGGGCCUUUCAGGUCUUGGAAGCUGCUUGCCUAGCUCCUGCUUGCCCGCUGGGUACCAUUCCUCUGGCUUUGUUGGGACUGGGGGCUGGUUCUAUGAGGGUUCCUUCAAUGGCAACGAGAAGGAGACCAUGCAGUUCCUGAACGACCGCCUGGCCAACUACCUGGAAAAGGUGCGCCAGCUGGAGCGGGACAACGCUGAGCUGGAGUGCCGCAUCCGAGAGUGGUGCCAGCAGCAGGAACCCUACGUGUGCCCAAACUACCAGUCCUACUUCAAGACCAUCGAGGAGCUGCAGCAAAAGAUCCUGAUGACCAAGUCUGAGAAUGCCAGGCUGGUCCUGCAAAUUGACAAUGUCAAGCUGGCUGCUGAUGACUUCCGGACCAAAUACGAGACGGAGCUGUCCAUGAGGCAGGUGGUGGAGGCCGACAUCAACGGCCUGCGCAGGAUCCUGGACGAGCUGACCCUGUGCAAGGCCGACCUGGAGAUGCAGGUGGAAUCCCUGAAGGAGGAGCUUAUGUGCCUCAAGAAGAACCACGAGGAGGAAGUCAAUACACUCCGCUGCCAACUUGGGGACCGACUGAAUGUGGAGGUAGAUGCUGCCCCACCAGUGGACCUCAACAAGGUCCUGGAUGACAUGAGAUGUCAGUAUGAGGCCCUGGUGGAGAAUAACCGCAGAGACGUGGAGGCCUGGUUCAACACCCAGACCCAGGAGCUGAACCAGCAAGUGGUGUCCAGCUCAGAGCAGCUGCAGUGCUACCAGACGGACAUCAUUGAGCUGAGACGCACGGUCAAUGCCCUGGAGAUUGAGCUGCAGGCCCAACACAGCACGCGGAAUUCCCUGGAAUCCACCCUAGCUGAGACGGAGGCUCGCUACAGCUCCCAGCUGGCCCAGAUGCAGUGCCUGAUCACCAAUGUGGAGGCCCAACUGGCGGAGAUCCGCUGCGACUUGGAGCGGCAGAACCACGAAUACCAGGUCCUCCUAGAUGUCAAGGCCCGGCUGGAGUCAGAAAUCGCCACCUACCGCCGCCUGCUGGAGGGAGAAGACUGCAAGCUUCCUGCCCACCCUUGUGCCACGGAAUGCAAGCCUGCCAUUAGAGUUCCUUACCUCCCGAGCAUGUCCUGUGCCACGAGUGUGCCCUGCACCUCAGGUCCCCAGAUCAGCACCCAGAUCCGCACCAUCACUGAGGAGAUCCGCGAUGGCAAAGUCAUUUCCUCCCGGGAGCAAGUGCAGUCCCGCCCGUUGUAA